CGGAACAAAUGCCGACUAAAAGAAGAAACAGCAAAUAGCUAUAUGAUCGUGACAUUGUGUCACAAACCAUACACAUCUACAUAUAUUUUAGUUUGAUUUAACUCCGAUUUAAGUCGCAAAAAUGUGUCAACGAAGGCUUUUAGUCUGACAAACUCCAAAGUGAAAGACGGAGUACUUCCGGUUAGCAUUACGGCUGAAAUGUCAAAACAUAGCAUCGCAGGUUUGUUUUCUUUUCGGUUAAAACCCACAUUAGAAGCUUUUCGUAUCGAGUAUAACUGUGUUUAAUAACUAAUAUCAUAAAUAAAUAUCUGAUGAUACAAUGGCAUUCUUUUGAAGAUAUUUGCCGAAGUUAGACGCUGCUUUAUCGGCCCAUUGACGUCUUUUACCUUCAUAUUGACUUGAUGAGGCUGAUAUAAAAAUCCGUUGACUAUCCUUUGAGGUAGUAGUAGGACUUUUCUGGGGGCCAUGGAGGCGGAGCUUGAGCGGGUGGAGGAGGAGGUGCAGCUCCUGCUGAGCGGCCAGGGGUCAGAGGUCACGGCGUGUGACGUGGGCCUGGAGCAGAGCAAGCCGGCCUCGCUGAGGAACAACGUCUCCUACAUCGUCUGCGCCGUCAUCUUCAACCACACGGAGGAAGUACUGAUGGUCCAGGAGGCCAAGCAGGACUGCUAUAAGAAGUGGUACCUCCCGGCAGGGAGGGUGGAAGUGGGCGAGAGCCUGCAGGAGGCGCUGCUGAGGGAGGUGAAGGAGGAGGCGGGGUUUGAGUGUGAGCCAAUCACGUUGUUGCUGAUCCAGGAGCAGGGACCGCAGUGGAUCCGCUUCAUCUUCCUGGCCAAGGUCACAGGCGGGACCAUCAAGAGUCCAUCGGCGGCUGAUCAGGAGUCUCUUCAGGCCGCCUGGUGGGAUAGACGCACGCCCCUCCCCCUCAGAGGGCGGGACAUCCUGAGACUCAUCGAGUUUGGGCUGAAGUACCACCGGGACCCCUGGCAUCCCGCCACCUUGCCCACGGACCUGAGCUGCCGCCACGUGGUCCAGAGACUGGUCCUGGUCUUCACCGCCCCGGAGGAGCAGGUCUGGAUCCUGUUGAUCAAAGACCCGCGGCCCCACCUCCCCGUGGCGGCGGCGGUCAAGACGCACGCCGUCAGUUGGGCGUCCAACAUGGUGGCGCAGGACGCCGUGCCGUCGUCGUACUACGAGCACAGCGUCAACACGCUGGGCGUCUUCAGCCUGCAGCACAACGGGCGGCAGCACGGCAAGACGGACGGCGUGUGCUUCAACACGCUGGUGGCGCUGGAGCCCGACGCCGCCCGCCGUGACGAGGAUGGCGUGGCGCUGGAGACGCCGCCCGCCCCGCACCCGCCGCCCGUGGACAACCCCCGCUACCUCUGGCACAAAGUCCAGCGUCCCGCCCUGAGAGAUGCGCUCCUGGACAGGAGCAGGAAGACGUCCGUCUUACCUCUGCACAGCCUCUACUGACUCUUAUUGUGAAAGGACGCUUUUAUUGUGUCAUUCUUUCAAGGACAUGGGGUGGCCUCCGGCUUCCUGUUGGGCACCAGGCCGUCCUUCAGGCUCUUCAGGUGCUUGUUCCGCUUCUCCAGGCAGGUAAGCCACUCCCCCCGCAGCCUGGCGGACAGGAAGACACGGGUCAGCGACACGCCGCCAGGGAGACGAACCACGUCACCUCGCGCUCGCCAUGUUGGCGAGCCGAGACGAGGCAGCUGCCCCCCCAUGCCCCCCCCCUCACCCCCCACCCGCCCACCGUGUUGGGGAUUAUUCACUUUGGCAAAUGACAAUCACACACGCGCUUCCCGUGUCCUUUUAGACCUUUCUGAUGCCCUCAGCUAGCUAAACGCCCCCCCCCAUCACUCAUCACCCGCCAUGUUAGACACACAAUUAGGA